AUGCUUUCCAAGGUUAUAGCUAGAUUUAAUCACUGGGGCCAAAAGCGAUUUGGAAAAAAGAGGCGCUUCAACCCUAACCUCAACAUUAAAACUCCAGUUGUCCUCCCUCCUCGUCACGACUUUAUAAACUUUAAGCAAUUUACAGGAAAUGAAAUUCUUUAUCACCUCAAAGACGCAGAUGCUUUCAGAGAUGGCGAACUAAGCUGUGCACUCUUAGAAUUAGGGUUGAGAAAAGGCGCUCCUGAAGGCUAUGACUGGAACACCCAUGAAAAUGUUAAAAAAGCUAUUGCUCAAGCGACAAAGAAGGCACCUGAAUAUAAUUGCCUAGUUUUAACAUCUCUUGCACAUGCAUGCUCGAGAUUGAAGAUUAAUGAUCAGGCCUUGUGGAGUGCCCUUGAAAGAAAUAUCAAUAGAAUUAUCCACAGCAUCAAGCCUAUUGGGAUGGCUUAUACGUUCAAUUCAUUUAUUGAGACAGGAUCUCCAGAAUUUUAUGAGAAAUUAGUUGAGGUAGCUCCAAUCCAUAUAAAAUACAUAAAUGGAAGAGAUUUAUUAAAAUUUUUUUUAUAAGAAUAGUUAUAAAAUAAUUAAUAGAAAAUCCUAUAUUUUAUAAAAAAUGGUAUAUAGCGUAAUUAUUUCAAUUCUCAAUUCUGAGACAAAAAGCAUAAACGUCGUCAGAGGAUGCGUUAAAAGAAACAUUUUGGCUGAAAAGCUCUUCAGCAAAUGGAUUUAUCCUAUAUUACUUGAAAAGAAAAAGAUGUGUUCACCUGUGCAGCUUGAAGAAUACUUGCAGCUAUUAAGCAAGCGAACUGAUUUUACUCCUGAAAUCAAAGCUCAGUUAGAAGAUGCUUUACAAUACAAAAUCGCAUAUAGAGCCAGAAUGGAUACAGGUCAAUACAUUAGUUAA